CAGAUGGACCGGCGGAGAUGAAGAUCUGAGCUCCGGCUCUCCGAGACGUGACCAUGUGGAUUAAACAGCUUUUGGGAAUCAGUUCGAUGUCUGUCUGCUGGCCAGGUUAUCCCCUAGGAAGCCAUGCUUGGAUACUUAUAACCAUGUUUCAACUUGCCAUGGACCUACCCUCCUGUGCAUCACUAGCCCCUGGGCCAGAAUUCAGGCUUCAAAUGCGGGCUGUCCACCGCCACAGAAUCUCUGGGAGCCCCUGGUGGAAUUCUAGGAGUGUGUCACUGCUGAGGCUUCCUGCUCCCUCUGGGAAUCCCACAUCCCUUCGCCCAGAGCGACUCCAUGCACGGCUCCAAGCCUCGCCACCCAGAAGCCCCCAUGGCCACAGGGCCCAGAGAGCUGCCCCGCUCCUGAAGAGCCCAAAGCCGAACCUCCCUGCCACUGCCGCCACGACUGCCACAACCAUCAGACCCAGCCCUUCUGCACCUCUGGGCAACGGUGCAGGGGCGAGCCCACAGACCCCAGGGAGGAGGGAAAAGAGGCAUCUCCGAGCGGGCAGUUUGAACAGUUUUGAUUUCAGAGGGGGAAGACCAACCGCUGAAACAGAGUUUAUUGCCUGGGGCCCUACGGGAGGAGAAGACGACUCCGUAGAAUCCAGCCCGAUGCCCAGGGCACAUGGCCCCACCACAGUCUCGGUUUUACAAACCAGAAAGACCACUGUGGCCACCACCACCACCACAACCGCCGCCGCCACCAUCUACAGGACUCUCCAGACUAAGGGAUCAACUGAGCCCCCCAUCCCUGGGAUUACCCACAAGAACAACCCGAAAAAUACGGGUCGGAUUAGCACAACGGAGCCCUAUACCAGCCCCAACAACGGAAAAGACAUCAAGCCCCCAAGGACGCUGGGCGAGACCUCAGGUCUGGCUGUUCAUCAGAUAAUAACCAUCACAGUCUCCCUCAUAAUGGUCAUAGCUGCUCUGAUUACAACUCUUGUCUUAAAAAAUUGUUGUGCACAAAGUGGGAACACACGGAGGCAUAGCCACCAGCGGAAAAUCAAUCAGCAGGAGGAGAGCUGCCAGAACCUGACGGACUUCACCCCGGCCCGGGUACCCAGCAACCUUGACAUUUUCACCGCCUACAACGAGACCCUGCAGUGCUCGCACGAGUGUGUGAGGACGUCAAUGCCAGUGUACCCCGACGAGACGCUGCACCCGACGGCCGACUAUAAAACGACCUUCAACGGGAACAGAAUCUCUUCUUCCGAUCGGCAUCUAAUUCCUGUGGCCUUUGUGUCUGAGAAAUGGUUUGAAAUCUCCUGCUGACUGGCCGAAGUCCGUUUUACUUCCUGGGGGCAGGGCAGACGCCAUGUGUCUAUUUCCUGGAUUCCGUUGGUGAACCUGUAAAAAAUUAAAUAAAUAAAUAAGUGAUGGGGUCCCCGUACCUCCCAUUUUUGUUUGCCGAUGGGGAACUCAAGAGAUCAGAGCAAUAUAGGUCAAAUAUAUUUUUAUACAAAUGAACAGGCCUAUAGGUCAUGUGCUGACAAAGAGGGAUUCUGGAAUCAAGCGGAGUUGCACGACAAGGGUACUCAGAAGACAGAGGGGAAAAGGAGACGCUUGAACAUCUGGAGAAGUGGAUUUGGACUUCGAUUCUGAACCUGUGCCAAUAAUACCAUUAUGUGCCAUGUACUGACCCGAAAGACUUCAUUAAAAAAAGCUGAAGCUAAGUGAA